AAACAUAAAACAGAUUCCAAAAUAAGGAGAAGUGGGAACAUCUCAUUUGGGUAGAAGGUUGCUUUCUUUCCUUCCCCUAAGCUCCCACCUUCCUCCUUAUUCCCUCAGCCUUUUAACAUCUCCAUUUCUUCACAUCUCCCUCUCACUAUCUCUUUCUGAAAUCCAUUUUCACUCUCUCUUACCAAAUAUGAAUGCAGAUAGAGUAUACCCAAAUUCAAAACCAACAACCAUGAACCCAACAGUCAACGGAAACGCCACCACCACCACAACACCGCUGUUCCCAGCACCGAAAUCGCAACAAUACGGGGCAUCACGUCCAGCAUACCGUCCACAACCAAAGCGCCGUAGCCGUAGCAGAUGUUGCUGUUGUUUUCUUUGGUCUACAAUGAUAAUCAUAGCACUUAUACUCCUGGCUGCCAUGGCCGGAGGCGUUAUGUACGUUCUUUACCGCCCUCAUCGUCCUACGUUCACUCUCACAACACUCCGGAUCUCACAAUUCAAUGUCACGACCAAUUCGAAAGAUUCAACUAAUCAUCUCGCAUCAAAACUCGAUCUUGCGAUUUCAUCUCGUAACCCGAACAAGAGAAUCACGUUCACUUACGAUCCUAUCUCUGUAACGGUUAAAUCUAACGAUGUAAACGUUGGUGUUGGUUCGUUUCCUUCGUAUGUUCAUGGAACUAAGAAUACCACGGUUUUAAAAGCAACGCUUGCUAACAACGGUGACAGUAUUGAGGAAAGUUCUGUGACUAAAUUGAAAUCUGAUACGAAGAAGAAGACUGGGUUGCCAUUAGAGAUUGAGAUGGAGACGAAAGUGAAGGUGAAAAUUGGUGGGAUGAAGACAUCAAGAAUUGGGAUUAGAGUUUCUUGUAUUGGGAUUCAUGCUGUGAUUACUACUACUACUACUAAAGGUAAGAAUUCUACUACUACUGCUACUACAUCUACUCUAUCUGGUUCUUCUAAACCUCAAUGUAAGGUUAAUCUUAGGAUUAAGAUUUGGAAAUGGACUUUUUAAUUUUUAAUGAUAAUUAGCGUGAUCUUAAUUUUUACAUUUUUUUUUGGGGGGGUUUUUUGAUUGUAAAUUGAGCAGAAUUUGUGGUUUGAUGAUUUUUCUUUUUUUAGUAUUUUUUUUAUUAUUGUUUGUGGAGUAAAGGAACAAAGAAAAAUAUAAAUAUAGUGAAAAAAGAAAAGAAAUGGAAUUAAAUUUUGUUUUGUUUUGUAGGGUUUGUAAGGUGUAAAAUUGUUUGAUGAAUUAUUCUAUUUUGAAGAAUUAAAUAGAAUUAUUAAUAUUAUUUUGGUCAUUAUU